UAUACGGCCUGGCAACGAUCACGAAUGCUGUCGAACACCGAGCUUGCUCUUAAUCCACCCACCAGAGAAAAACUCGACCAAUCAGCAACUGUGAGACGCUUGUGCGCAACUCAUUUGGGAAAGUUUUUUUGUUUGCGAGCAAUAUGACCGCCCAAGAAUAUUAAAACAUGUUGAUUAACAGUCCUUGUGAGAACUAACUGCGUUUUGUAGACUACAGGGUUCAUUCAUAAUGCAUUGUUAGGAAAGAUCAUGCUGCAACAUUGGACGGGGAAAUUCCAAGGCACAAGUGGGACACAUUUAUUCCCUCUGCGAGGAUAAUAUUGCAACCGCCAUGUUGUUGAAUUCGAAGUCAAGACUCAUACAGACGAACUCUGACAUUUAUGAUGGAGCAAAAAAGCAGAGAGAGGAAUCCUUCACUUCCACAACGUUGAGCAACAAGACUCUUGGUCAAUAUCAAUGUUGAAUAUUCCAGAAAAGGAAGGCGCACAGGCCACAUCCCAUCCGAUUUCCCCGGUGUCUUGGCACUUGGCCGUAGCGUCGCGCAUGGAGCUUGAACAAGUGUUCAUUGAGGCACUGGAAGUGACAGCUCCAAUUGCCAUCAUUAGCCUCGUCACCCAGUAAAGUUGCUUCACGCAACGACGGGCUGCACCGAUUUACGACACAUUCCACAUAUAUUCGAUAGCCUAUCAUGAGGUUCACACAAUCAUUUGCGCCAGCGCUUCUGCUCCUGGCUGGCGUCGCGCAGGCUACAUCUUGGGGGUUCGAUGAUGGCAGCGUCUCAGUUGUCGCAAAGCGGGCUGGCGAUGCUGGCAGCAAGGAGAGGUUCACCUCGAAGACACUCGUUACGAAGCCCCUCUCGCUCGGCAGCACCGAUACACUAAAGAUCAGCUUGACGGCAAAGGACAAUGGUCAGGGGAAGCGCCCGCAUCAAGCGUUUGUUAUUCUCAAAGAGAAGGAGACUGGGCUUGAGGCUCCCUUCCCCCUGACGGUCAAGGAAAGUGGAAAGGCGGUCGCUUCAAUUACUCACAAGGACCUUCCCGUCCAAUUCCUGCACAGCGACGGACCCCUCGAGGCCUCGAUUAUCCUCGGCUCCUUCGGUUCCUCCAAGGCUCUUAAUGCCCCCGUGUUCGAUGUCAAGCUACAGAAGGACCCCAAUGUCCCCCUCCCACCCUACGAGAAGCCCGUCCGCUAUGGCAAGAAGGAGGAGAUCCACCACAUCUUCCGCGCUGAUCCCACGAGCCCGCCAAAGGUGAUUUCUAUCUUCUUUGCGCUGGUUGUGCUUGCUACGGUUCCGGUUCUGUUCAUCAGCUGGAUCUUCCUCGGCGCAAACCUCAACCACCUUUCCAAGGCCAUUGGUGCCGCCCCAGUCUCACACGCCACCUUUUUUGGCUCUAUCCUCGCCAUGGAGGGUGUCUUCUUCCUCUACUAUACCACGUGGAACCUCUUCCAGGCCCUGCCUGUCAUUGGCGCUGUUGCUGUGGUCACAAUGCUGAGCGGUACCAAGGCACUGGGUGAGGUGCAGAGCAGGAGACUUGCCGGAGAGCGUUAAAGGAGAUAUAAGAAAGAUAAAAGAUAUGGGAUUUCCGCUUGGUGCAAAAUGAAAAUGGACGGGGUUUGGGCCGUCAGCUAUUGUAACAUCACUUCUAGAAAGAUUCCCUGUGGUCCACCUGGGGCGAUAUGUCAAAAUGUCGUGUAUUUGGCAAGCGAUUAUGUUUAUUAUGGAUAAUACUGGGACAGAACAUGAGCCUUUUUCUCUCUUCGUCACUACUGCAAACCGAUAAAAAUUGAUUGCUGUAGAAGCCUCCGGUUCCUGAUCUAGGCCAGUGGUUCUCAUCCA